AGCGCCUCCAGGGCUCGGGACGGCCCCGCCGCCGGAGGGAGGGCGCGAUCCGGCGCUGCUUCUGCUUUUGGGCCAGCGGCUGCGGGGCUUCCCCGGCAGCCGGUCCAUGUGGCUGAGCGCCUCCGGGACGCUCCCGCCGCCGCCGCUGCUGCUGCUGAGCCCGCGAGCCCGGCGCCGGCGGCAUGCCAAGCGGACGCCGCCGGGAUGAGCUGCAAGCGCCGGUCCGCGAAGAAGCCGCAGCUGCGGAGGUCCUUCAGCGAGCAGCUCCGCGACUCCACGGCCAAAGCCUGGGAUCUGCUCUGGAAGAACGUCCGCGAGAGGCGGCUGGCAGAAAUUGAAGCAAAAUCAGCAUGUGACUGGUUGCAAGCUGCUGGAUUUCCACAAUAUACACAGCUCUAUGAAGAUUCCCAGUUUCCUAUUGACAUUGAAGCUGUCAAGAAAGACCAUGAUUUUCUUGACAAGGAUCUUGUAGAACCUCUUUGUAGGCGAUUGAACACAUUGAACAAAUGUGCCUCAAUGAAACUCGAUGUGAAUUUCCAAAGGAAAAAGGGUGAAGAUUCUGAUGAAGAAGAUCUUUGUGCUAUCAGUAACAAAUGGACUUUCCAAAGGACAAGCCGACGAUGGUCUCGGGUAGAUGACAUUGACACCUUAAUUCAUCAGUCAGACAAACAUGGGUCCUCCGGGGACAUUAAAAUGAAAAUCACAACUAGCAGUGAAAGUGUGCUAACUGACCUGAGUGAGCCUGAGAUCUCCUCUGUCCACAGUGAAAGUAGUGGGGGAAGUGACCACAGGAGUCAGUCUGGACUCAGCAACCUUCUCAGGGAAACUUUUGACUGUUCAGGACAAUAUUGUGUUGAAAACACGAUAGCCCAUGACUCUGCUUCAGUAGGUAGUACUCCCCUUCAGCCUCCAGAAGACUCUGUUCACCCUGGGAAUGAGAGACCAACACGGACCAGAGCUAAAAACUUUCUAAAGCGCAUGGAGACACUAAAAGGCAAAGGUACACAUGGAAAACUGAAAAGCUCUGGAAGGACUAGUGGCUUAGUAAUAAGUCAGCCUGUUCUUCAGCAUGAACCAAAAUCCCUGAAGGAUAUGCAAUGUGUGCAAAUAGAGAAUGGAGACCUCCAAGGUGUGAUAAACUUAGAUGCCGCUAAGCAUGGGUUUGACUUCUCCACUAAGUCCAGUUGUGAGAGCAGCCAAUCAGAGAUCAGCAGUAGUGGAAUAAGCACUCCUUGCUCCAAAGAACAUAAAUAUUAUGAAGCAAGUAAACGAGGUGGCAUGUACCUGGAGGACCUGGAUGUUCUUGCAGGAACAGUCUUCAGGCAAGGGGUAGACCAAAAUCGCAAAAAUGAAUUUCAUUCACAAGAAAACCUAGUUGUUCAUAUUCCCAAAGACCACAAACCUGGAACAUUUCCUAAGGCACUUUCCAUUGAAAGUCUUUCUCCUACCGACAAUAGCAGCAGUGUCAACUGGAGGACAGGCAGCAUUUCGUUAACCAAGCAGAAGUGCUCAACACCUAGACAGGCUAGCCCUCUUGCUUCCUGUCCCAAAGAGAGUCGGGUUAGCAUUUACGACAACGUUCCAGGUUCUCACUUGUAUGCCAGCACUGGAGAUCUUCUGGACUUGGAAAGAGAAAACCUUUUCCCACAUCUGGAUGAUAUUUUGCAUCAUGUCAAUGGGCUUCAGGAAUCUGUGGACGACUGGUCAAAAAAUAUAUUGCCAGAGCUGAAAAAUAAUGAUUCAUCAGUUAGUGAGCAUGGGACCUUACCAUUCCAAUCACCUUGUAAGAUUGCACUAGACUUUGAACAGAACUCUGUGUCUGAAGGACGGACAACGCCUAGUGAUAUGGACAGAGAUGGGGCCUCUCUGAAUGAAUCAGAAGCCACAGGUGUUAGGGACAGAAGAGAUUCUGGUGUUGGAGCAUCUCUCACCAGGCCAAACAGGCGAUUACAUUGGCAUAGUUUCCAGAUCCCUCACCAGCUGAGCCAUACCAUAGGAUCAUUACAGAUCAGCAAUCAGUCAGCUGCUCAGCUAAAUCUGCUUCAAAAAUUCUCCUUGCUUCGUCUUACUGCUAUCAUGGAAAAAUACUCCAUGACAAAUAAGCAUGGCUGGACAUGGUCAGUGCCAAAAUUCAUGAAGAGAAUGAAAGUUCCAGACUACAAAGACAAGAAGGUUUUUGGCGUGCCUUUAAUAGUCCAUGUGCAGAGAACAGGACAACCCCUUCCACAAAGCAUCCAGCAAGCCUUAUGCUAUUUACGCAACAACUGCUUGGAUCAGGUGGGCCUUUUUCGGAAGUCAGGUGUGAAAUCUCGAAUACAAGCCCUACGUCAUAUGAAUGAAAGCUCCCCUGAAAAUGUCAGCUAUGAAGACCAGUCAGCAUAUGAUGUGGCAGAUAUGGUAAAGCAAUUUUUCAGGGACCUUCCAGAACCUCUUCUCACUAGCAAACUAGGAGAAACUUUCCUCCAUAUCUAUCAAUAUGUUCCAAAAGAACAGCAGCUUCAGACGGUACAGGCUGCCAUUAUGUUGAUGUCGGAUGAAAACAGGGAAGUUCUGCAGACCCUGCUCUUUUUCCUGAAUGAUGUCACCUCAGUGGAAGAGAAUCAGAUGACCCCCAUGAAUAUCGCUGUGUGUCUGGCGCCUUCUCUUUUUCACCUCAAUAUAAUAAAGAAAGAAAGCUCACCACGAGCAAUGCAGAAAAAAUAUGCAAACGGGAAGCCAGAUCAGAAAGAUCUGAGUGAAAACCUGGCAGCAACUCAGGGACUUACUCAUAUGAUAACAGAAUGUGAUAAACUUUUCGAGAUCCCUCAUGACAUGGUUGCCCAGUCUCGGAAUUCGUACGUGGAUGCUGAAGUGCAUUCUCCAACUCUGGAGGAACUGGGGAAGCAAAUGGAGGACGAAGGUGGAAAUUACCAGAUCUACCUUGAAAGUGUCAUGCAGAACCUCUGUAAAGAAGCCAAGGAGAAAUUCAAAGGAUGGGUCGCUUGUUCCAGCAUAGAAAAUACAGACCUCUCCUACAAAAAGGUUGGAGAUGGCAAUCCACUAAGGUUGUGGAAGGCAUCUGUGGAAGUCGAGGCUCCUCCCUCGGUUGUGCUGAACAGAGUGCUAAGAGAGCGCCAUCUGUGGGAUGAGGAUUUCUUGCAAUGGAAAGUCAUUGAAACCUUGGACAAGCAGACUGAGAUCUACCAAUAUGUUCUGAAUAGCAUGGCUCCCCAUCCUGCCAGAGACUUUUUAGUCUUGAGGACGUGGAGAACAGAUUUCCCUAAGGGGAUGUGCGUGCUAGUGACUGUUUCUGUGGAACAUGAAGAAGCGCCUCUGAUGGGAGGUGUGCGGGCGGCUGUUAUAGAUUCCCAGUAUUUAAUAGAGCCCUGUGGCUCCGGGAAAUCUCGCCUGACACAUAUCUGCAGGAUUGACCUAAAAGGUCAUUCACUGGAGUGGUACAGUAAAGGAUUUGGACAUCUCUGUGCAGCAGAAGUUGCCAAUAUCAGAAAUUCAUUUCAACCCCUUAUCGCUGAGGGACCAGAAACAAAAAUCUGAGUGAUGGAGGAAUUCUCUGCAUGCAUUAAAGCCACUGGAUUUCAACCUACAUUUGUGCAAUAGCUAAGCAAGGAUUGCUUGGGAAAUGUUGCCCUUGUCUGGAAAAGUUGCCCGCUUACCUCCAUGACCCUUAUCUGGUUUCCUUUGUUGAAGAACACUUUGCCAAGCAUUUCUUCAUACUUUAAAAGUACACUAUUGCCUCUGUGUGUGUGUGUGUGUGUGUGUGUGUGUUGAAUAAUUCUAAUAUUUAAAAGCUUCUAAGAAGCUUAUUUUAAAAGUGUAAAUAGAUGUAAAAGUGUACAUACUUUGCUAUAUAUAAUAUCUAUGAUAUGUGUAUACUGUACAUAGAAAUAUGUAUAUUUGUAUUGUAUAUAAGCUGUUGCUUUCUAGAGGAAACUGCUAGCGUCCGUUUGAAACCUUUUUUCACCUUGUUAGGCUCAUAUCUCCCAGCUGUUGUAUAAUGGCCCUUGUAUUCUGAAAACAAUUGCUUGGGCAUUAACCCUUUCUUCUGUUUCUGCUGCUGCUGCACUGUCCUGAUGCAGAGUUGCUGCUCUAUUGCAGAGUGCAUUUCAGAAGUGUAUGUAAGACCAAAGUCUUCCAAUGAGUCCACCCUGGGAGAAAGAUGCUCCACACCAGAGCACUGCAACAGAGGAGAACACAGUGGGCAAAGAAGAACAUGACUAGCAACAACUGGACGCUGUCCCCAUGUUCACAACAGAUGACAAGAAAGUCCAUAGAGGCAGGCACACAAAGUUGGGAAGGGGCUGUAAAAAGGAGGGAGAACCACAUAAAGCAGCAAGAAACAGAAUACAAAUCUAUCCAGAUGUUAUCAUCUGCCCUAUUGGGGGUGAAAUAUGUCCUGGGAAUGGGAUGGGUCCACACCAGCAUGUUUGCCCACCCCUCAGAUGUAACUGGCACUUAUACCGGCAGAGAGGGCAAAGAUGCCAACUCAGAAGAGCCCACAGUCACAGGAGAGCAUGCCAGUGCAGCAGGGCCGGGGUAUUUCCAGGGGUGAAGCUGACUUUAGUCAACUUCCACUGGGGCUUGAGCCCAGGAACACUCCCUCCCUAGCCGCAGACUUAUGUCACUCAAAUGUGUGGCAUAAACUUGUUUGGCUUAUGGGGCUAUUCGGGUGGCAGAAGGGUUUUUGAAUUUCUCUCCUUCCUGCACCACCCAAAAUCCCUUUGAAGGUGGCAUGGAACCUCCUUCACUAGUGUCUCUGGCUGCCAGGGCUGGCCUGUAAAUAUUAUCAUUUGGCUAGCUUUCAUUGUUCAAGCAGAAAGGUGGCAGCUAUAAGCCCAGAAACCACACCUGUUGCCUUGAAUAUUAGAAUAGGUAAGUUAUGGGGAUCAACUGAAAGCUUGCUGUUUGCAAUAUUCAGAAUAUUUCCUAAACUCUAGUGGGCUAAUCUGUAGGCUUGCUGUGCUUUAAAAAAAAAGGUGCUUUGAAGUCAGCCGUCUGUGCGUCAUCAAAAAUACACAGAUGCCAGCAAACUGUUGCUCAGAACUGGAAGGUAAGGGUGGCUCUUUGAUCCAUUAAUCCCCAAACAGUCCCUUUGACAUCCAAAGGACUGCUGUAGAGCAAAUAAUAAAUAGUUUAUGGGCCAUGGUUGAAAAUCCCCAUCAUAUGCCAUCUCAUCAUUUCACAUUGUAGGUCCUGACCCAAAGAAGCUUAGAUCUCAGUAAAAUUAAUGGGACUUCACUUAGACGCCCAACUGAUUAUUCUCAGUGAUUUUAAUGUAACUUAGUAUAACUUGCUGUCUUUGGGAUAAGGCCUUAGAGCUUACCAGCACUUGUUCCAGUGCCAUUAAACAUGUUAUAUUAGCUUUACAGCAUUAAACGUAACAAUCCAUAAUAAUUAUACAGCAGUAAUAAAUGAAACAUUUUUCCUAUCAAUAUCAAACACCUUAGAACAAUAGUAAGCAUACAGUCUUUUGUUGUCAAAUAUUAAGACCCACGGUCUACAUUUUGCUUUAGAAUUCUGCCUAUAUAAACCAAGCUAACAGCCCUGCUAGAAAUCAUGGUGAGCCAUGUUUCUGGACACAGCAUAUCCUCAAUAUUGACUAAAUGUCUUAAUAAGCUUUUUAUGCUAAACUUUUUUAAAAUAAGCUUUUCUAAACAAAUUUCAUAAAUGAAAGGGGUCUCACAGACGGUAAUCACUCAGAAGAAAGCAUAUUCUUAGGAGUCUUCAUAUUCUGUUGUACAGAAGUGUAGCAAGGGGGGAAAGCUCCCGGUGCACUGGUGCGUCCUCCGUCCCGCCAUGUGCCACCCCCCCACCACACACCCACCAGGGUGCACGCUCGGUGCACCCCUGUCCCCUUGGAGCUACACCUUUGCUGCUGUACGUUGGCCUUUGACCUUGACUCCAAACACUUGACUUGGCAGUCUCUCUUUUUUGGUGGAACUGGGGGUCAAAUUGUAUGGGAGAUCUGGAAUACAUAAAAAGAAGCUGUGGUAACACCACCACCACCCCGUACUUCUUUUCACCCCAUCCCCAGAUGCCAUCGUCCACAGAGAAUGCUGUCUGUCCCCUCCUGGGCUAAUAUUGGCUUGAGAAGUAGGGUCAAGUUUGAAUUCUCUAGCGCUUCAGCCCCGGUAUGAAUUGUAUGCACUUUCCCAUCUGCUUUUAAUAUUAAACCAAACAGCAGGAUCAUGAAUCUCCUAUGUAAUAUAUGUCAUUUGUUCCUGAGCUUCCAAGUAAGCGUGUUGGGUAGCAUCGUUCUUCAGGAUGUCACGUCGUUUCUAAUUAGCGAGAAAAGGACCAGUUGCUGGUGCUGAAGAAGAAGACCAUCUGGGUCCACUGAACAUAUUCAGGGACUUCUUCUCUUCCUACAGGGAAGAAUGCUUUAAAGAAAAAUGAUUUUUACACUAAUUUAUGGAGAUAGGUUUUUU